AUGAACAACAGUGGCCAGAGCGAACAGCUCCCCCUGCUCCUCCUGUGGGGGUCUCUCCUCUUUGGAGUGGUCAGUUCCAGCCCAACCCCAAGGAAGCUUUUUGGGGAGAUCACAUCCCCCAAUUACCCCAAGCCAUACCCCAACAACAACAUCAGCACCUGGGACAUCACAGUCCCAAAGGGCUUUGUGGUGAAGUUGGACUUCUGGCAUUUCGACCUGCAGCCAUCUGAGUCCUGCCUCUCUGACUACGUCAAGAUCACAGCAGAUAAGAAAGACCUGGGUCAGUACUGUGGCCAGCUAGGCUCAGCCACAGGCAACCACCCGGGAGUCAGGGAGUUUGUGUCCAAAGGGAACUGGAUGAGGCUGAUGUUCCACUCGGACUUCUCCAACGAAGAGAACGGCACCCUUAUCCCCUACAAGGGCUUCCUGGCCUAUUACCAAGCCGUGGAUCUGGAUGAGUGUGCCCAUGGCAACGCCCUUGAGGAUAGGGAAGACGUGGGGCCUCUGUGGCAGCACUUCUGCCACAACUGUGUGGGUGGCUACAUCUGUUCCUGCCGCCCCGGUUACCAGCUGCAGAGCGACCACCACUCCUGCCGAGGGGAGUGCAGCAGUGAGCUGUUCACAGAGACCUCUGGGUAUCUGUCCAGCCCAGAGUACCCCCUGCCCUACCCUGCGGAGCUGCAGUGCAACUAUAACAUCCGCCUGGACAGGGGGCUGGCCAUCACCCUCAAGUUCCUGGAACCCUUCGAUAUCGAGGAUCACCAUCAGGUCCACUAUCCCUAUGACCAGCUCAAGAUCCAGGCACACGGGAGAGAGAUUGGUGAGUUCUGUGGCAAGGUGUCUCCUGGCAGCAUCGAAACCAGCAGCAACGCGGUGGAUGUGCUGUUCUUCACAGAUGAGUCAGGGCUCAAUCACGGGUGGAAGAUCCACUACAGCUCAGAGAGAAUCCGGUGCCCACAGCCUGUGCCAAGGGACCAGUUCACCCUCAUCAAAGACCUGCAGCCCCUGUACCAAUUUCGUGACUACUUCAUCGUCAGCUGCCAGACUGGGUAUGAACUGAUGGAGGGUGACCAGAAGUUGGCAUCUUUCAGUGCUGUCUGCCAGGAUGAUGGGACUUGGCACCGACCCAUGCCCCGCUGUGAAAUUGUGAGCUGUGGUGACCCCAAAAAUCUCACCAACGGGGCCUUCAGUUAUGUCGCGAACAACUACUACCAGUCAGUGAUCACCUACCGGUGUGAGGAGCCUUAUUACCGCAUAGUCACCAACAGCAGGAGCGAUACAUACAACUGCUCCGCUCAGGGCUCCUGGGCAGACCAAGACGGCCAUGAGGACAUCCCCGUGUGUUUACCAGUGUGUGGGAAGCCCGACAAACCCGUCACUGGAAUCCAGCGGAUCAUCGGUGGCAGCACAGCACCUCCGGGAAGCUUCCCAUGGCAGGCGAAGACACACAUCUUUGGGCUUGGGGGUGGGGCGCUGCUGGGUGACCGCUGGAUCCUGACAGCUGCUCACACCAUCUACCCCAAGAAAGACAGCUCAGUGACAGAGACAGGUGGGAGGAUGAGCUUUGCUGAGGUGGCUAAGAAGAUCGAUGUGUUCCUUGGCCACACAGAGGUGAAUAAGAUCCACGAGCUGGGUAACCACCCCGUCCGCAGUGUGUCCGUACAUCCCGACUACGACCCUGAUGAUGAGAACAACUUCAAUGGGGACAUUGCACUGAUCGAACUGUGGGACCCAGUGCCACUGGGCCCCGACCUGCUGCCCAUCUGCCUCCCAGAUGCUAGUAACAGCACUUUCUAUGCCAACGGCUACAGGGGCUACGUGAGCGGCUUUGGGGUGGAGAAAAACGUUCUCGCAGACCGGCUGAAGUAUGUAUCACUGCCAGUGGGUGACCAGAGAUCCUGCAAGGAAUGGCUGCAGGGAAAGGAGGUCAAUGGGAAGCCCGUGGUGUUCUCUGAGAACAUGUUCUGUGCUGGCUCGCCCAGUGGGGGGAAAGAUACCUGCCAGGGGGACAGUGGGAGUGUCUUCACUGUGAAGGAUUCAGAGAGCGAGCGCUGGAUAGCCACCGGGAUCAUCUCCUGGGGCCUCGGCUGUCACAAGAGCUACAGCUUCUACACCAAGGUCAUCAACUACCUGGACUGGAUCAAAGAGAUAACAGGGAUGUAG